AUGGUCGAGCUAAUGGAGGAGCAACCAGAAAUUGCGAGGGGGUUUGCCAGGUUUAACACAGGGCCACACUGGGAAGCCCUAGCAGUUGAGCUCAACAGUAUUGGGCAACCCACUAAGGAAGCGGCGGCUUGGAAGAAGGUUUGGUUCGACUGGAAGUCAAACACCAAGCGCAAGCUAGCCCACAACCGCCGUGAACAAGCAGCUACAGGCGGUGGCCCUAGUAAGCUUAUUGAACUUACUCCUCUGGAAGAACGGGUGGUAGUUAUCGGAGGGCUUGCUCCAACCGUUGAGGGAAUAGAGGAGUCGCUUAGCUUUGGAUAUGGACAGGAUUCUGGAUCAGGACAGUCGACUCGUGACAAUGACGCAACCGACGAGAACAGCGAAAACCAAAUUCCGGAAGCUGAAUACGAGGACAACGAAGCGCCUGCACCAAAAAAGAGGAAGACAUCGAUGCACACUUUACUGGAGACGCAAGUAAAUAAUCAAACCAAGUUUCAAGAUGCCAUGAAUAAUGCAUUCGGAUCGUUCGACAAGAAAUCUGCCGAUUUAGCUUACUACAGCCGGCAGAUAUCCAAACGAUUGACCGAAAUGCAUCAGACGAUGAAGCAAACGCUUCAAGAAAAUAUGCGCCAUAAUCUUGAAAUGGAAAGGAUCACUUUGGAAAAAUUGCAAGUAAAGAAAAGGUUUUUGGAAAUUGAACUUAACCGUUUAUAA